GAAGUCGUUUGGAUGCAUGUUGACUUGAUGUGUCCUCGUAACAGGUUAACGAACGGGAAAAAAACAUGUCUUUGUUUUCCAAAACACUUAAUAUAUGUCUGGUUUAGAAUAAUUAUCGGUUCCUUCCUUCGCAUACUUUACUAAAUAACAGCAACAACUUCCUGCUUAAAAUGUUCAAGAGUGACAGAUUUCAUCUUGUUCUAGUAAAUAUCACUCUUUACAAACAAUCGAUGCAUUUUUAUUGUUUUCAAUGGAAAAUAAGUCAAUAUUAAAACUAACACUAUAACUCAAGUCCAAAAUACCCUUAAAAUCAUACACUCAAGAAUGCUUCUCUUCUCUUCUAUGUCAUGUUGGGUAUCAUUAUGAGGUUUUGACUAAUAACCCUCACUACAUUCAUCUAUUGCAAAUCACUGUGUGGAUUGGCAUCUACGUAACCCAAGAUAGUAUCGUAAUCUUAGUGUGAGGAAUUUGUAUAUUGCAUGAAAUCAAAGAUAUUUAUUUUCUUUCUCAUCAAAAAUAAACAAUUACCAAUCUAUUUUGGCCCAGUUUACUGUGGAUCUUCAUCAUAUUACUGCAAAUUACGACGAUCCUCUGACAGAUUUACAGUUGCAGUAUAGGACAGCACGCUUCAUGACAUAAAAUAUGAGAGUAUUCACGGACUUCACAGAGGGGUUUCAAAAGUUCCAACAGUGCCCCUGCUGGUAGACGUGUAUUACUACUCCCGUCGCUUAGUGAUGACGUGCCCCAUGUGUUUUUUCCAGCAUGGUGACCUCUUUGGUCUGUAAAUACUGGCUGUAAAACAGAAAAGAAGAAUCGUGAAUUGAGUGAGUGCACUUUCAGUCAGGCUUCAUCAUUUACCAGUCGUUCUUAUUAUAUUUCACAAUUACGCCUAUAAUUUUCAUCCGUAUAUUUAUAUUUAUAUUUUCGCUGGAUGAGUUUUUGCUUUGAGCUCUGUUACUAUGAUUUGACAUAAUGGCUGCGCAGAUGCCCUCAGCGGGAAUGGCGCGCGUGCAUAGACUGCUGAAGAUCGGCACGUCCUGUCAAAGACGUCUCCGAUGUAAGGACACAAUCGCGUUUUCAACCUGUUCCGUUAAGUGUAACGCGAGCCAGGGAGACAGCUCGGACUCGCCCCCAAGUACUGGGCUCGCAUCCGGGUCAGCACUGCUGUCCAGAGGGAGACGACCCCUGUCCCCCCUGGAGAGGAUCAGCAGCCUGCUGGCCCAGGAAGCCCUGAGCCCCGAGGUGCUCCAGCUGAGGGAGCGCGACCACCUGGACCCGGAGGAAGACGUGAACGUCCGGCUGUCGGGCACGCAAGGGGAGGAAAGCGGGGCAACCCCUGAAGAUGACCCCGAGAGCCCGCGCGCAUCAGACGCGGCCGUGGUGACGAGCGCGUGGCCGCCGCUCGCCCCCGGGGAGCUGCUCGUCGCCGAGCAUCGCAGGAAGGGCCGCGUGGAGUUCAGGAAGAUGUUUGAGCUUCAGACCGGGGCGCGCCUGGGGAGCAGCUGGGGGGUGAUCCCGCACGACGACGUGGCCGGGCGGCCCGCGGGCAGCUUCGUGAAGACGAGCAGGGGCGUCAGCAUCCUCGUGCGCCGGGCCAGCCUGGAGGACUACGUGCUGUACAUGAGGAGGGGCCCGGCCAUCGCCUACCCGAAGGAUGCCAGCGCCAUGCUCAUGAUGAUGGACGUCACGGAGGGAGACUGCGUGCUGGAGUCGGGAUCGGGGUCCGGGGCCAUGUCUCUGUUCCUGUCCAGAGCAGUCGGCUGUAAGGGAAGCGUCCUGAGCGUGGAGGUCAGGGAGGACCACCACAAGAGGUCAGUGCUGAACUACAAGCGCUGGAGGGCGUCGUGGAGCGUGCGGCGAGGCGAGGAGUGGCCCGACAACGUCCGCUUUCACACAGGUGACCUCUGCGAGGCCUCGCCGCUCCUCGCCGCUCAUGGAUUCCACGCGGUCAGUGUCAUCCUCAGUGUCAACCUCAUCACGUGUAUUCAUUUAUUUCUGUACUUUCUUUGCUACUCCUGCUGUGCUCCUCCAUUGCAGGUGGCUCUCGACCUGCCUUACCCUCAGCUGGUUCUACCCACCGUGGUUCCGCACCUGCACCCCGGGGCCGUGUGUGCGGUCUACCUCGCCAACAUAACACAGGUCAUCGACCUGCUGGAGGGGCUUCGGUGUCUGCCGUUGCCGCUGCUGUGCGAACGCAUCGUGGAGGUUCCCAUCAGGGACUGGCUGGUGGCGCCGGCCCUCCAAAAGGACGGGAGGCACUGCGUCAGGAGGGAUCCCACCCUGGGCCGAGACCAGGGGGAGGAGGCCAACGCAGAGGAGACGAGCAAAGAGGAACAGCCGGCCUUCGGGAGCAUUCCCUAUUUAGCCAGACCUCACCCCGCACAGAUGAGCCACACAGCGUUCCUGGUGAAACUGAGGAAGUGUGUGCGGUAACCAUCCUGCUCAGAAGGAACCCCGGGAGGACACAAUUGCUGUAAAUUAUCCAGAGAAUAAAAAAGGGGGAAAAUGUUUA